AUUUGAAGGAUCCUACACUUCUGAGUGAGCUUUCCUUGCUGUCAAAAAAUGAACCGCUAACAGAGGAGGAGAAAGAACUGGUGAAUAUGGGCUUCUCACAGAAGCAGGCAAGUCAUGCCCUGCUUAUGUUUGAUAACAAUUUACAGAGGGCUGCCAACUAUUUGUUCGACACUCCACUGCCGGCAGCGGAUAAAAACGAAGAGGAGAAAGAUACAGAUGUCGAAAUGGACGACCACGAUUAUUCUGCUUCCACUAUACAUCGAGACACGCCUGCUGCAGCGACUGAUUAUAUAGCAAACGACAUAAAUACACAGAACAAUAUAGACCUUCAUGAAAGUUCCGUCGAUCCGGUAUUUUGGAAAUCUAAGGCUUUGGAAUAUCAGAAAAUGGCAUUGCAAGCUAAAAAGGCAGGUGAUAACAAAAAGGCAAUAUCAUUUUUACGACAAUCCAAAGGCUACGAUCAACGAUACCGUGAUUUAUUAGAGUUACAAACACCCGCAAAAGUAACAGCAGAGUUUCCCAAAACAAUGAAAGAGCCACAAUCUAAUAUCCAGGAAACAGCAAAACAGAAUUUGCAGUCGCAAGAAGAAAAGUGGCCGUCUCCUGGAUCAAGCUCACUAACUAUCCCAAAAAGCAUUUCAAAUAGCCCUGCUUUAGAACGCCAGUCAACGCCCUUAUUUGACACACAGAAACAACAAGAACUAUUGCAGAAAAUCAUACCGCUUCAGAAACAAUACAAAGAGGCAGCUAUUCACUAUAAAGGAUUAGGUAACUUUACCGCUGCAAAGCACAUGGUUCAAGUAUCCAAGGAGCUUCUACAUAAGGGUAUACAAGUGAAAAAUGGCGAGCUCUUAGAUAUGCAUUCUAUCGAACUACCAGGUCCACCUGACAUGACUUUGGGCGAUAUGAAACUUCGUCCAUUAGAACCUAAUUCACCGAGUGAUUAUCCAACCUCUUUUGAACAAGUGGAAGCACAGCUUCAAUAUCAAUUGAAUAUCUGCCACAAUCUAUCCGUGCAAUCUCAAUUCACCAAUAGCAGCGGUGGCAAUCGACGAACCAGAACAUCCAAAACACUAACAAACACUAACCAGCAAGACAUUUAUGCUAGAGCUAAAGACUCCAUUGCUGCCGACCUUGUACUCUUGAACGCUGAUAAACCCACGAUACCCUCUACUUUACAUUAUGAGCAAGUCAAUUACACUUAUAAGAACAUCAAUGAUACGAUACCCGACAACAUUAUGGAAUUUAAAAUUAUUAGAGCCAUCAGUUUACCUACACUUAACAUUGCUACCCAGCUUGACCCAUUUGCGACAUGGGAUUUUGGUGGUUGGCCUCCCGAGAAUACUGCUCAGGCAGUAAUGAACAGAGGCGAAACUCCUGUAAUCACAGGUACCACUGAUCCUCAGUUUAAUUUUACUAUGCAGAUUCCCAUCAGUCGGACGAAUCGACUAUUCCAACGUUAUGUACAGAGACGUAAAUUGACAAUAGAGGUCUUUCAUAAUAAAUAUAGUUAUGGCUUAUUUAGACGCCCUGUACCACUCGGUAAAAUCACGCUUCCCAUGGAGCAAUUGUUAACAAAAUCAAGCAUAUCAGGUGUAUUUGAAUUGUUGGAUGGUAGAAAGAAAACAGGCGGUAAAGUAGAAAUUCAACUUAGUUUAAGACAACCCUUAGUUGGCGAGGAUAUUGUAAAAAGGUCUGAAAAAUGGCUAGUAUUGGAUUACCCUGGAAGUACAGUAUCACAGUGCUUAGUGCAGGCAGGUUUGACCACCGGUGGUCCUUAUUCAGCCUCUUCAAUCUCCCUUGAGAAUAAGUCGAGUUUGAUCUCCGUUGUUGAUGGAACUGAUGAGAAGGAACAACAAUCAGCUGUUACGGCAACACAAAGCACGUUAGUGCCAACUGGGCAACAACAACAACAAGCAUCCCUGCAAGGAACUAAGACGGAUAAUGUUGAGUUAAGAGCUGCUGAAGAAGAGUUCAAUAAUGUAGACAAUAUCAUUUCUAAUAUGGUGCUUGAGUAUGAAAUUAAUGCAGUUACAACAGCAUUGGCUACUAAAGCUGUAUCUGCAAAAGAAAAAGAAGAUCUGCAAGAUAAAAAACAAGCACUUGAAAUCAAAAUGAAUAUGCUUGUUAUCCAAGUUCAGACAGGCUUAUUAGAUAUGGAUACCUACUUGAAUAAUUUACAGAAAAGAAUCGAUGCAGAUCGUCGUUUGGCAUUGGUAUUUAAAAAUUACGGUAGAUUAGAUUUAGCAAGAGCUGCUUUGUUGAGAAAGAAGAUUAUGCAGGAUGAAUUAGACGAAGCAAGAGCUGCUAUGGCAGCCAAUGAUGAAGAGUAAAAAAUAUAUUUAUCAGGAGAUGCAAAUGUUGGCCCUUAUUUGCGCCUUUCCCUUUUUUAAUCUGAUGAGAAAUCUGUCACUAUCACUACUCUGCUUACUAUGCUUCUGCUUCUGGGCCCAAGUGCCAAACUGUUUUAUAGUAAUGGUAAUCGUGGUGAUGUAUAUAUUUGAAAAUUGAGUCCAGAAUUAGUAUGAGAGAAGUUUCAACGACGUAGGAACAACAUGUAAAAUAGCAAGGCCUGGCAGAA